AUACCUGUCAAGUUACGAGACAAAGACGGGAGUCUUCGGCGACAUUUGGUGUGAAAGCUCUAUAUUUAGCUGUUAUUUUAUUACAGAAAGCUACUGAAGUAGAGGUGUGCUGUCUUGACUAGACGUCAUGUCCCAAGAUAAGAGUGGUUACCCUGUCAUGGGAGAGUGCAACCCUCUCCACAGCGACGUCUUCGGGGGGGCGCCCAAUCCCAACACUUUCGGGAUGCCCCCGCCCAACUACACUCAAGCUCCGGGGAUGCCACCGUACCCUGCGCCCGGUCCCUACGGGCAGCCAGGCUUCCCCCAGGGCGCCCCAGCAUUCGGCCAAGUACCUUACCCACAGAUGCCCUACCCACAGAUGCCCUACCCACAGGGCCCCUACCCAAAAGGACCCUAUGAGCAAGGCCCCCCUCAGCCCGGAUUUGCUGGAGACCCCAGUGGUUCAGCGAGCAGCCCCGGUUACCAGGGUGACGGACCCCCUUCUUACUAUGACAACAAUGAGUUCACCGGCUCUGGCUUUGAGGACAAGACCAUACGUCAGGCCUUCAUAAGAAAGGUCUUCAUGGUCCUGACUGUCCAGCUGAUGGUUACCUUCUCUUUCGUGGCCGUCUUCACCUUCGUCCAUGACGUCAAAGUGUUUGUGCGGCAGAACAACUGGACCUACUACGUCUCCUACGCCAUCUUCUUUGUGUCGCUGAUCGUGCUCAGCUGCUGCGGCGACUUCCGUCGCAAACACCCCUGGAACCUGGUGGCGCUGUCAAUCCUCACACUGAGCCUGUCCUACAUGGUGGGCAUGAUCGCCAGUUUCUAUGACACAGACACGGUCAUCAUGGCCGUGGGUAUCACCGCCGUGGUCUGUUUCACUGUGGUCCUCUUUUCACUGCAGAGCAAGUACGACUUCACGUCCUGUCGUGGAGUUCUCUUCGUCUGUCUCAUCGUCCUCCUGCUCUUCUCCCUCCUCUGCAUCUUCAUCCGCAACAAGAUCCUGCACAUCGUUUACGCCUCCCUGGGAGCCCUGCUCUUCACAUGUUUCUUGGCUGUUGACACCCAGCUUCUCCUGGGCAAUAAGAAACUUGCCCUGAGCCCUGAGGAAUACAUCUUUGCUGCUCUCAACCUUUACACUGACAUCAUCAACAUCUUCCUCUACAUCCUGGCCAUCGUGGGCCGUUCCCGGGAAUGAGGACCCCUGCCAGCGGGGAGGAAGAGAGGUUCACCCGACUUCCCCUGAAUCGAUGGUUUUGUGCUCUUUCUAUCACUUCUCUUCACAGAAUCUUCUAGACUCCCCUGUUUGCCCCCCCCCCCCUCCUACCUCAUAUUAACCCUUCUUACCUAAAGCAGACAUAGAGGAUAGCAGACAAAGGAAUUGUUUUUUUUUUUUUUGUGCCUCUUUAGUCCUGACAUGAAUAGCAGACAAAGAAAGGCACAUUUUUAUUUGUAGAUGUUUUAGAUAUUUAAACAGUGGGUUUCAUGAAGACCAACCCCCUUUUGUUUUGUUUUGUUUUUUUUUUUUGUUCUGGCGACACUCCAUCUGCCCGUUGUUCCACUGGCUGCGUCUCCCCUUCAGUCUGUUCCUGCUCUCACAGGGAUGGUGUACUAUAGAAUGACUCAUCACAAAACCUUCCAACAGCAUAGCUGAAAUCUCGCUGACCUCUGGAAGCUUUGGCAUUCUGCCCAGUAGAACUGCAGCACGAGCGAUAAAGAUGGCUGGCAGAGAGAGAGAGAGAGAGAGAGACAGAGAGAGGACGUUUACUGCGUAGUGUAUUUUCAAGCGCAGUGAUAGCACUGAGGGUCGGGGCAUGAAGAACCUUAACAAUCCUUUAUUCUGUCCCCCGUGUCUUUUCAGUCAGCUGACUGCUGUACAGUUACUCCUUGUGGUCAUCUAACAGGGCGAAGAAAGAAUGAGAGUAGGCGAAAUCAGUCUGAUAUACCUCUCCCAACCUGCUUAUCUAAUAGCUGUAAAACAGCUAAACCCACUCCAGCUACAGGCAUGACUAUAUGAAUGACCCUCAUACGUAAAUCUGACGUCUGCUUUUAACGACCGCUAACAAAUGCACAGAUGUUAAGACGGAAGUGAUAGAGAAAAUAUGAAAGCUUAGAAGUGGAUUAUAUAGUCAGAAAUCCUAACCAAGAGUUUCUUUACCACCUGUAUAUAUGUUCGAACAAAGAUGUUUUCCUGGAAUGAGAGAAAGUUUUGACGCGUGCGUUACUUGCUUUCUUAUUAAGUUAAAAAGGUCAGUACUGGAAGUUUUGUUUUUAAUCACUCAAUUUCAAAUUUCUCCCUAAUGUUCUCACACCUUAUCUCUCUCCUUGUUAAGUUCUUGGGUUUUUUUGUUUUUUUUUUAUUGUCUUCACCUAGCAGAAUUUGUUCUUUUUUUCUUCUGAAAUGAACUGUUGUGAAAUAUGAAACUAUGACUUUAUCUGUUAAAUUCUGUUUUAUGUCAUUGUUGUUUGGUUUGUUUGUUUGUUUGUUUUCUUUUUUGUACAAAGCUUUUUAGAGGGAUCACCAGUUGCUUGUAAUCUUAAGGGUAUAAAAAUCCACACGCUGACAAUAACACAUGGUGUUGAUGAUGUGCUAUGUUAUUUAUCCUCUAUUUAUUGAAUUUACUGUGGAGUGCAGGGGAAUGAUGGAAUUGAAACAUUUCCCUGCGACGAAGAGUAAUGAAAUCUCAUUGGGAAGUCCAGAAAUACAGAAGACUAUCUGUUCUAUAGAAUGUGCUCGACAGCAUUAAAACCUGCUGCUAUCAUCAAAACUUACCUUAGAACACCAACCGUGUGUGAGGAUGAAGUGUUAACUAAGUGCAGUGCAGAGUCGGGGGGGGGGGGCUUCAGUUGCAGUUGGUGCAUAUAUUGCACAUGUUAAAAUGAAGGAAAAUCUUAAGAUGAUGUAUGAAAUGGUGUGAUAAUAUAUUUUUGGUAUAUGUUGUCCAUUUUAAACAUGAAUUGUGAUCAGGGCUGUUUUGCCUCAGGAUGUUCACGCUGAAUUAGUGAUGGUUCAGAGAAAUGUCUUGCACUCCACUCAGAAACACAGAUGCCAUAAGAUAAAGGUGAAAACUGGUGAUGUAACCUGUCUAUACUCGAACAUGAAGAAUUCGACACCUAACAUUUUGAUAUCCUUAAUGAUAUCGCUAACAUCUUAAAAGACCUGAAUGUGAAUUAAUAUUGUCAUGGUUACAAAGUAAGCUUUAUAGACCCCCCCUUUAUGUUUUUUUUCUUUUCCUUUUUAA